AUGUCGAGGCUCGUAGCCAAGUUCCACGGCUACUAUGCUGAACAUCCAAUCCUUACGAUGAUGGCGUCGAACGCCGUCCUCAGUGGCAUAGCCGACACAGUUGCCCAAAGCAUAACUGCAAUCCGCGAGCGCGCUCUCCGAAAGCCUGGCGGCCCAAACAACAGAGAUGACCCAUUUGCAGUCGAGAUCCACGAGCUUGACAAGAGAAACCCCUUCAGCGUGGAGGACCUCAUUCCAGAGUCCAAGAUCCUUCCUCCACCAUUCGACUUCGAGCGGCUCUCUAGAUUCGUGGGAUACGGCUGUAUGAUUGCCCCGGUGCAGUUCAAGUGGUUCCAGUUCCUGAGCAGGUCAUUCCCGAUUACGAAGGGAAGUGCACUCGGACCGGCAAUGAAGAGGGUUGCGUUUGAUCAGCUGAUAUUCGCACCGUUUGGUCUCUGUCUCUUUUUUACGGCAAUGACAGUUGCUGAGGGAGGGAGAAAGAAGCAGGUUGUGCAUAAACUGCAAGAUAUGUUUGUGCCGACGCUGAAGGCCAACUACGCCCUCUGGCCGGCGGUUCAGAUAUUGAACUUCCGCGUCAUUCCGAUCCAUUUCCAGUUGCCAUUCGUAUCUACUGUCGGAAUCGCGUGGACAGCAUACUUGUCACUUACGAAUGCGGCGGAGGACGCUAAGGAGGCUGGAUCUCCAGUAACACCUCAGAGGGCGCAACUGCGGAGGGAAUAUUCCGAUUAG